UCCUGGAAGAUCUUGCUUUUUGGUGCUAUAAACUUAUUGUGUACUGGAUUCCUGCUUAUGUGGUGCAGUUCUACUAACAGUAUAGCUUUAACUGCCUAUACAUAUUUGACAAUCUUUGAUCUUUUCAGUUUAAUGACAUGUCUGAUAAGCUACUGGGUGAUGGUGAGGAAACCAAGCCCAGUCUAUUCAUUUGGGUUUGAAAGAUUAGAAGUCCUGGCAGUAUUUGCUUCCACAGUCCUGGCACAGCUGGGAGCUCUCUUUAUAUUAAAAGAAAGUGUGGAACGGUUUUUGGAGCAGCCUGAGAUACAUACGGGACGAUUAUUAGUUGGUACUUUCGUGGCACUCACGUUCAACUUGUUUACAAUGCUUUCUAUUAGGAAUAAACCUUUCGCUUAUGUCUCUGAAGCUGCUACUACUAGUUGGCUUCAAGAACAUGUUGCUGAUCUUAGUAGAAGCUUGUGUGGAAUCAUUCCAGGACUUAGCAGUAUAUUCCUUCCCCGAAUGAAUCCUUUUGUCCUGAUUGAUCUUGCUGGAGCUUUUGCUCUUUGUAUUACAUAUAUGUUAAUUGAAAUAAAUAAUUAUUUUGCAGUAGACACUGCUUCAGCCAUAGCCAUUGCUCUGAUGACAUUUGGUACUAUGUAUCCAAUGAGUGUAUAUAGUGGGAAGGUGUUACUCCAGACUACACCACCUCAUGUUAUUGGACAAUUGGAUAAACUUAUCAGAGAGGUUUCUACCUUGGAUGGAGUCUUAGAAGUCCGAAAUGAGCAUUUUUGGACACUGGGAUUUGGUUCAUUGGCUGGAUCAGUGCAUGUUCGAAUUCGAAGAGAUGCAAAUGAGCAAAUGGUUCUUGCUCAUGUAACCAACCGACUCUACACAUUGGUGUCAACUUUGACUGUUCAGAUUUUCAAAGAUGAUUGGAUGAGGCCUGCUUUAAUAUCUGGACCUGUUGCAACCAAUAUGCUAAGCCUGUCAGAUCAUCAUAUAAUUCCAAUGCCACCUUUAAAGGGUGAUGAAUUGAACCCUCUGACAUCUACUCCAUCUAAACCUAGUACCGCACCUCCAGAAUUUUCUUUUAAUACACCAGGGAAAAAUAUGACCCCAGUUAUUCUUCUGAAUACACAAACCAGGCCUUAUGGUUUAGGCAUUAAUCAUGGAUCCAUACCAUUUAACAAUAUGUUCAGCCAAGGAUUUGGAACACCAGGAAUGGGAACAACUCAAGGAUUCAGGACUGGUUUUACAAAUAUAGCAAGCAAAUAUGGAACUAACAGUAGAGGGCAACCCAGACCAUGAAACACUGCUAUUCGAUCUUAUUUAUUCUUAUUAGGGGUAUCAACUUUUUGACCUCUGAGAUCUCUUUAGCUGUCUGAACAUGUCAGUAUCUGAUCAUUCAUUCUAAAUGUUGAGAAUUGAUGGUCUAAUCCCCAUUUCAUGAAGCCUGUGAAACUUUAUUUUCAUAAAAUGCAUUUAAGCUAAUGAAAUUCUCCUGAAUUUGCAGAGCUUAAAUGGAUUUUCUAUAUAGAAAGUGUGUUCCUCUAAAUUCAGAUUUUGCUUUUGUUUCAUUUUCUGAAUUUGAUUGCAGUAUGAUAUUAUGUUAGCUUUAAGAGGAAUCACUUCCCAGAGUGGCAACAUUUCAUUUUCUUGCUUUAAAAAAAAGAUGUUUUCUUCACUUGAGAUUAUGAAUCUGUUUCCUGAAUAAUGGUAAGAAUUUCAAGAAUAAGAAGAAAUUACCAUUAUAAAAGUAAAUGUCUCUUCUACAGCUUUUCCAAAGUCAGUUAUAUUUUCUUCGGGGCCACACUAGCUUUUGGAAGUUAUUGUGUUUCAAAGUAAAAUCAAAUUUUCCUUUUA